CAAAUCCCACUGAACAACUUGGUAUUGAUUGAUAAUUUGACUUCCUAAUAUACAACAUAAUAUACCAACUUCAUAAUAAGCAGCCUUGAUACUACCUACUACCCUUUUAAACAUCUUCCAAAGGCAAACUCAAAUCGAUUUACUGCAUAUCUCUAGUAUUUACCUGUAUCCCCACUGCGAUUCCAGUCUUCCUCAAACGGCAAAACAACGACAAACUAUCUGCGAAAAGACAAACAAACAAACGUAAUUGCUGUAACGCUUCUCGAUCUCCUUCGGUUCAAUCUAUACGACACUAUCUUGCGAAUCAAAUAAUAAACCCAGGAAGCAUAGCAUAGACUUUCACCGAAGCAGGCCACCAUUACAUUCCUCAUUUGAUACUUGCACGACUCUCAAGGAACAGCUGGACACAACAAUAGUCAAAGAACCUUCGUCCACCUUUCAGAGUCAAUUCUGUUCCAGAAUAAAACCUGCGAGAUUAGGCAUUCAUUGAUCAUAGUUGGCAGGAGGGUGUUUCAAAUAUCAAAUCGUCGGCCGAUGCCGUGGGGGAGGCUCACAAAGAGCCGUUGUGUACUUCGUUGGCAUUAAGCACAAGAUACAAGAGCUGGAAUUUCCUCCAAAAUUUCACAGUUGGCUAGGUGCUAAACAUAUCGGGGUAUACCUCAGUCCGAUUAGAAUAUCUCUCCUAUCAGACCAUAAAUUACGAUCGUCUGGGGAUAAUUAUACGUCAUUUUGAGGUGACCCUCCUUGGUCCAUUUCAUUUGAAAUCACUCCCAUGCUAUCAAGUGUGAAACUUGAGAACAAAACUUCCCUAGGGGUUACAAGGAAAGGAUUGGAAUGGAUUCACAGUUCCCGGCUUCACGAGAAGAACUAUAUCAUGUUCAAAUGAACGUGAAGCACGUACAAGCCGUACAAAUCAACCAUUCCGACCGCCUUAUGAGACUGGAGAAGCGCCAAGCGGACGAUGCCGCUCUCAAAUCUGUUUGGGGUACAAAUUCGCCAUUUCCUGGCAUUUUGAGCGGUACUCCUCAACAAGGUCCUGUUCACAACUCUCCUACGGAUGUUUUCGAUGAUUUUGAUGACGAAGAAGAGCAAAAUCUACUUGGGAGUCUCCAUCUGGAUAACGAUGAGGAGCCAGUGCGUAGAGGUACUUCGAGAGCGAACAGUGUACGCUUCGACGUGAGCGCUCUACAGGGGUCACAUUGGGCACAAGCAUCAAGGGCGUCAGGAGAGUUUGGUCCCGCUCGCCCGACUAGUGGAUUUGGCAGCCAUCCUAUGACUGAGCGUUCCUCAUCGCAUAAGUCAGAUGGGAGGCAUAGCUCUGCUGGUCACUCUGUCCACUCCACUCAUUCUGUUCCCUCUGGACGCACAAGUAGCCUAGGCUUGGAUACCAAUUUUAUGAUCGGUGACCCGGACGAUGAUUCACCUUUGGAAAUACCGGACCCCCCUCCAGGUCUGUUUAUCCUGGGUUCAGUACCUUCAAUCAUCAGAUGCUGGCUUACGGUCAACUUUUCUCACAGUGCACUUAUAUAUGCCGAUAUUUGUACAGGUUCACAAAAAUCGAUUCUUGACUAUUCGCUAGUAAAAGAGCUUGGCCUAACAAAUCAAAUGCAAAAGGAUCCAACAAAUGGACGUUACGUCAUCAGGCUACCUGUGUAUCUUCCGGAAGCAAUCAUAACGCAAUCGUCUUCUAGAGUCAAUAGUCCCGGCCCUCAUUUACCGACUCUCACAGCAGAUUUCGAGGUAGUUGGCAUGAAUCAACGACCCUUUGCCGAUCUCAAAAGAUCAAUACGUGUAUUUAUUGGUAGUGAUACUCUACGUGCGCACAACGCGGAUAUACUCUUCUCGCAAAACCUAAUGACACUUUUCGGCGAUGAUCGUAAUAAACUGUCUGUGCCAUUCGUGCGACCGGAAGAUGAACUUCUUUUCAAGAAUUUGUGCACUGCAAAUAUCCCACCUGAAAGAAAUGAACUCAAAGCAACGGCUCUUCCUUUUACGCCCAGUGAACAGCGAUCCAAGAUUGAACCUACGAACGCAGGUGAUGUAGUUGAUGGGUCACGUGCCGAUCAUGUCAAGCCCACAGACAAAGAUGUCCAAUCUCAAAGUGUUACAAACCCACAAACCAACUCUGCCGCCACGUCUUCAUCACCUGUCCACAACAUUCCCCCCAUGUUGGAAGCUGAGAUUUUCACGAAGAGCAGUGGCAGUACUUCAGACUCGGAAAAUUUACUCAAAUUGGACCAAGGCGUGGCCGAUGCAGACAAAGUCGAGUCUACGAACGCAGCUGAUGCGGUCAAACGCGAAACGUCUAUGGGGACUUGGGGAUCAUGGCGGCAAGGCAGUACACCACUCAAUGCUGAUCACAAUAGUGAUUCUACGAGUGGGUAUCAAAGAGCAGUCCGCGGAGGUCGAAGUAUGAAGGUGCUAAAACCAUCAAAAUCCAUUUCGUCUCCAUCAAAUCUAGCUGCUAGUCGUUCAUCGUCUGGUGCAAGAACAGGUGCAUCUUACGAACCGGCGCCUUCAAGAUCAAUGGCUGAUCUCAAACGCAAGGAUCAAACCAACGGGACUGAUAAAUCACAGCUUCGUUGGGAACCAAAGAGAGUAAGUUCAGAGGAUCAGAAGAGUGCUAAAGUGAUUACAACCGUUCCGCGAUCCUCGAAUCCAGUAGGCGGUGCUUCAGCUUUCGCAUGGAUGAAUUCCAGCAAGCCGAAGGUUUCUGUAGCCCCCACAGACUCCUGAUGUGGAAUUCAAUAGGCACGUAUUACAAGCAAAUGAUGCGGAAUAAUUGUGUAUGUACUUGAC